AUGGAUCAUACGUCGUUCGGCGACAUUGCGUGUGUUACGGAUAAUCAGGACAGGAAAUUGCUGAAAGACGUUAAGGAGAAGACACAGAACGAGGUGAAACACAUGCAGAGAGAAGUGCAAAUCAUGAAGAAUAAGAUCGAUGAAUACAAUCGCGGCAUAAACGAGAAUCUGAGAUUUCUGAAGAGCCUAGAGAAAGAUUUAUCUGCUGAUGACAAGAAGACCUAGGCAAACGAUUCUACAAGAAUUCUAAAAAAAUCUCAGAAUAAAUAUAUUAAUGGAUCUAUCGAUAUCAAUGAUAUA